AUGUCUUCUGGUACUUUUUCGGAUGCUAUUCGUUCGGUGCGUCAUGAUCUUGGGCGCCUUGUCCAUUGUUUGUGUUUGUACGGCUGUUCUACUCGACCAGUUUUGUUGCCUUGUGUGAAACCUUCAUGUCAGUCGGAAAAUUUGCGUUCUUCUCCGGUUUUCUCUGUGAGUUCAGAGUUGGGCUCGAUUGACGGACCGUCUGCUUUACUGGAUGUACGUGUUGCGACACAUCUGAAUUUCGUUUCGUCAGAUUUACCGUAUUCGUUCACCGAACUCAUCCCAGACUGUUCUGAUGAGUCUGUUUAUUAUACGCUUGAACUGGCCGAAAUGCCGUUUCUAGAACCGGUUCCUGUUUCGAACGAGCAAACUGUCGGUUCGCAAUUCAUGUGGUGUUUGUUCGUGAAGCUUUUUGCCACUGCGUCUUUGCCUGGCUCGAAUAGUGCUACGCCAAAUCAAUCACAAACUGUUCAGCUUGCACUGGAACCUCGUUUCACCUCAGUAGAUCGCUCAGUUUGUUGCCUCUCUUCCGUGUGCAACGCAGUGCUUCCGGCCACCGGUAACACCCACCCGCCGAGUCCUAUUCUCCUCUCCACACUGAUCACAACGGAUUUAAUUCGUGAAACUUUAGAUCACGCGAACCUGCAAUUGGAGGUCCAAGUGAAUUUGUCAUGUGCGUCAGAACUGUAUUCUUUUAUCAUAGCUCCGUCGCUCAGCCUCAAAUUUUCCGACCUGAUGACCCAGUUGACCAAAUGCUCUCGACCAAGUUGCUUGUCCUCACACAUGAUAUCACUUCUACCCUCGGUUUUUCCGUACCAGAAAGCCUGGCACGUUCACAUCCCGGACCAAUUGAGUCCCACGGCAGUGCUACACAUUUUGCACUCAGUUUUCGAAUCCCGAUUUGGUGUAUCUGGAACUGGAACAGUGUGUCCUAUCUGGCUAGGGAUCUGUAUUGGGCCGUUGGCCGGAACGGCAAUAUGUUUGCGAUCGACAGAUCUCAGUAGUUGUAAUGGAGUGGUGGUUCUUGAAGCGCGAUCUGGCCAGAAGAAACAGUUAGAUCUUUUACCACGAGUGCUCACAAAAUGCCUAGAUCGUAUCUCGUUUGAUGAAGUUUCGAAUGAGGACAUGGGAAACGAUCGGAAAACCUCAUGCAAUACCCUUGCUAUCCAAACUGUCCCCGGUGUUACUCAAGCGCGGUCAAAAAUAGAGCGAUUACAGCCGGUGGUUGAUGCUCUCAUGGCCGAAGUCACGUGUUUAACUGACCUGAUAUCCGGACUGAUUGAUCGUACAAUGCGAGACCGAAUUGUUCCGAUCGGGGAGUUCCUAACCGUCUCCGACAAGACUCGCAUGGACUUGAUGCAUCGUGCGGCCGACUGGAUCACCAAAGCUUCCACGGCACAUUUGGAUCCCGUGCAGUCCCCGGAACCCAAUCCGACGUAUUCUCGUUGUGUGCGCGAGACCAACAGAGCGUACAACUGUUUGUGCCUUUCUGGUCAAUCUCUGUUGGUUGAAUGA